UCCAACGCUACACCCGAAUUCAAAUAUCCUACAUAUAUGCAACCCUUUUCCUAUUUUCUUUGAACAAAAAACAUAUUAUCUACUUAUAUAUAUGAUUAUAUGUUGUAACCUUGUUGACAGAUGUGGGUGUUAUGAGUGGAGCAAUUAUAUUCAUCCAACAAGAUUUAAAGAUAACAGAGACCCAACAAGAAAUCCUUGUCGGAAUUUUAAGCAUUCUUUCACUUUUGGGUAGUUUAGCUGGUGGCAAAAUAUCAGACACCAUUGGUAGGAAAUGGACCAUAGCCUUAGCCUGCAUUGUUUUUCAGUCAGGUGCAGCUAUUAUGGCCUUGGCACCAUCUUAUCAAGUACUCAUGAUAGGUAGACUCUUAGCUGGAACCGGGAUCGGUUUCGGCAUCAUGAUCGCCCCGGUAUACAUUGCCGAGAUAUCCCCUUCCAUCGCUCGAGGUUCCCUUACUUCCUUCCCUGAGAUCUUUAUCAACCUAGGGAUUCUCCUCGGAUACAUCUCGAAUUACGUAUUUUCGGGGCUUCCGGUACAUUCAAAUUGGCGAAUCAUGCUCGGUGUGGGGAUCGCUCCCUCGGUUUUCCUUGGAUUCGCCUUGUUCAUAAUCCCUGAAUCCCCUCGAUGGCUCGUGAUGCAAAACCGAAUCGAGGAAGCAAGGACCGUGCUUUUGAAGACGUAUGAUAAUACAAAAGAAGUAGACGAAAGGUUAGCCGAAAUACAAAUGGCCGCUAGGAUUGCGAAUGCGGAUAAGUACAAAGAGAAAGCCGUAUGGCUCGAGAUAUUAAACCCGAGUCCCGCCAUUAAACGCAUGUUGAUCACCGGUUGUGGAAUCCAAUGCUUCCAACAGAUCUCGGGUAUCGACGCGACCGUGUAUUAUAGUCCGACAAUCUUUAAAGAUGCUGGCAUAAAAGGGAACUCCGAACUUCUUGCAGCAACAGUUGCUGUUGGGUUCACUAAAACAAUGUUCAUUUUCGUUGCAGUAUUUCUCAUUGACAAAUUAGGUAGAAAACCUUUGCUUUAUAUAAGCACAAUAGGGAUGACAAUCAGCUUAUUUUGUUUGAGCUUCACUUUGACAUUUCUCGGGGACCAACGGUUCGGGAUCGGACUCGCUAUCCUCUUCGUUUGCUCGAAUGUAGCUUUCUUCUCGGUCGGGAUUGGACCGAUAUGUUGGGUGGUUUCGUCCGAGAUAUUCCCUCUACGGCUUCGAGCUCAAGCAUCCGGUCUUGGAGCGGUGGGUAGUAGGGUUAGUAGUGGCGUCAUUUGCAUGUCGUUCCUAACGUUGUCUCGUGCCAUCACGGUGGGAGGGACGUUCUUCCUGUUCUCGGUGAUUUCGGCUCUAUCCGUCGUGUUCGUCCACACGUGCGUGCCGGAAACGAAAGGGAAAUCAUUGGAACAAAUCGAAAUGUUGUUUCAAAAGGGAAGUGAAUUGCAAGUUGGUGGGGAGAUUGAGAUGGGAGAUGCAGAAUGCUUGGUGCAGAGACAAUGAAAUUUUGUUAUUAGUUCUUAUAGAUUGGGAUAAUCGCAAAAAGAAUUCCCAUACAAUUUUCAAUACCCGUAUUUUUGUUCCUCUAUCAUUUUCCUACCUUGAUCUAAAUUUUCCACGUGGCAUUGUGGUUAGAAAAGACUAGACUUGUAUAAAAUUUUCCCAAUAAAAUUUAAUUUUUAUUAACCCUA